CCAACUAUAGAAGAUGAUAGAGUUAGAUAUAAUGUUAUUCUUAAAUCUAAAUCAGAUUGGGAUAAACAUUAUGAAUGGUUAAAGAAUAAUCUCGGUAGAACUAUUGGAAAGUCAACACAAAGCAUUUUAUCGAUUACAAAUAAAAAUUAUGUGAAGGAUUUUUCUGUUGAUGCUUUUUACGGAUACACUGCCUGGUUUACUCAAGAAUUUGCUAGUAAAAAAUUAAAGCAGAGAGAUGAAGUCGCCGUUGUGGAAAAAGAUUUUAUAAUGAAAACUAAUUAUGUGGUUCCACGUGAUGUCCAGAACACAAUAAUCCCAAAUCGAAAUUUGGAUCGUAUAGAUCAAGCAGAUUCUGUUUUAGAUGGAGAAUAUGAAUUUCCUGAUACAGCAGUUGUGUCAGCAGUUUUUUUAUCUGUAUUUGAUAUUAGUGCACUGUCAGGAACCUCUCAAGCAGCACCAUUUGUUGCUGGUACACUUGCUCUUAUUAUUGCUAACGAUG